CCCCCUAUACCUUCUUGUAUUAACUUUGCAGUGGAUGAAGGUGUUAAACUGGCAUGUGUCUACCAACAGGGGAGUGAUCCUUUCAAGUCCUCUUCUUCGUCCCCACUUGUGAAAUUUGUUGUGCCAGUGGGACGAGGCUGGCUAUAAAACCCCAGUGCAGGGGAUCUCUGUCCAGCUCAGGCAGCCUGCCAGCACAUCUCUGCCGAGAUCAGCCUCAAGGGGUUCCACUUCAUCUCUGUCAGGCAGGCAGCUGCUUCGCUGAUUGAGGAGGAUGGACCUGAGGUGCACCUGGAUGCUUUGCAUGCUCUGCCUGGUCAUCACGGUCCAAGCAUUUACCCAAGAAGGGUUCAAGGAGGCUUUCCUGAAGCAGCUGGGGCUCUCUGAGAUCCCUAAACUUCAUAAGAGAGACUUGGCGGAUCUGGUUAUCCCAGACCACGUCAAGAACAAGUACAUCUCCAUGCUGAAGCGCCAGAGGGUGAAGCGCCGAGCUUUGCCUAGCCUGGCUGGCAUCCUCAGGGGGAUCCCUGGCAACGCAGGUGUGCCAGGAGAAGUCCUCUACUCAGACACCACCAGGCGCCAGAACCUGAUCUUUGACAUGGAAGGCAGAAUACCUAAAAACAGUGAAGUCACAAUGGCUGAACUAAAACUCUUCAAGAAGCCUCUAGACAGAACAAACCUUCCUGCCAGGCAGUCUCACAGGCCUGUCUCCAACGCCAGAGUCAGCGUGUACUGGGUUCAAAGGCAGCACGAUGGUACCAACAGGACCUCCCUGAUCGACUCCAGGCUGGUUCCUAUUCGUGAGUCGGGCUGGAAGAACUUUGACGUGACACAGGCUGUGCAUUACUGGCUGCGAAACCAGAGGAGGGAGCCAAUGUUCCUGGAGGUCUGGAUCGAAGGAGAGAGGGUGGGCAGCUAUGCCUCGGAAAUGGCCAAAGCUGUGCGUUUCACCUCUCAGGAUCCCCAGGAUAAAGCCCUAGGCAAACCUGAACUGGUGCUUUACACCCUCAACCUGGAAGACUAUGAGGGCCCUGGGGACUGCAGGGAGGAGGCGAUGCUGGGCAAGUCUACCUGCUGCCGGCAGGAACACUACGUCAGCUUCCAUGAGCUCUCCUGGGCACGCUACUGGAUCAUCGAGCCGGUGGGCUACCAGGCUUACCGGUGCUCGGGGGGCUGCCUGCAGCCCCCCAGCCCUCUGUGGCACUUUGGGUACGGGGAACGCACCUGCGCCGUGGCAGAGAGCUCCUCACUGCCCAUGAUAUACCUGGUCAAGAGGGGCAACCGCACCGAGAUUGAGGCGGCCGAGUUUCCCAACAUGAUCGUCGAGAGGUGCAGCUGCGUCACGGAUGGCAUGGCGCUGGUGUGAGGAGUGGGUGGC